GUACUCCUGGUUCAGUUGAUCUGUUUUUUGUCUCUGCUCUGUUUUCUUAAACUAAAAGACAGAAACUUAAAGUUUCAUAAAAUGGAGCAGUUAGUGGCUUCAUAUAGGAGAGAAACAGACAAUCUUAAAGGCUACAGGAUGAAAGAGAGACAGGAAGUUAAUCACAGCAAAACAUCACAGACCCGGUGUUGCUUCAAUGCAGAGUAAAAAAAUGAGGGAACCUAAAGUUAAAAGCUGAAAUAACAGCAAAUAAUGGAAAAUUGGAGAGUAGUAGGAGAAAGCAGCAUGCCUCCAGAGGUAGCUCAGGAUAGCCAGUUUUAAACUGUAGCUAUGUGGAGGUAGAGAUAACCAGUUCUUCACCUCACAUAAUGAGGUCAUAAUGUUAUGCCUGAUUCGUGUAUAUUAAAUUCUAAUGACGUCAGAUCUUUAAAACUGUCCAGCAGAGCUUUGACCUCUAGAGGGCGCUCUGUGUUUACAGCUGUGGACUGCAGUAAAGCCUGUGGCGCCGGCAGGGGGCGGUAACGAGACAGACCCUCUGAAACCGGAAGUGAGCCGUCCUUUUGUUGCGCGGUGGUUUAGCCGUGAACAUGUCCGGCAUGUCUUCGGUCCAGCAUCUCAGAGAGUUCAUCAGCGAGCGGCUGGCUGCCGCCGCGGAGGAAAUCUUCUCGGUCUUCCAGAGAACCGUCGCCCAGUACGAGGAGGAGCUGGACCGCCAGCGCAGGCUGCUGGACGGCGCCUGGAGACCGGACAGCGGCUUCCAGGCAGCAGAUUUCCCUCGGUGUUCUGUCAGGACGAAGCAGAUCCCUGCUGAGCUGCAGCACCAGAACCAGCAGGACUCCAGUUUGGACCAUCCACAGAUCAAAGAGGAGCAGGAGGAUGUGUGGAGCGCUCCGGGGGACGGACAGGUGGUCCUGAAGCAGGAGGCCGACGUCCUGAUGGUGGCGCCGUCGCUCCAGGACGGAAACCUCAGCGAACCGGAAUCAGACCGGAUCCAACAGGAGAGACCGAAUCGGGAUGGAGGCUGGACCGACGAAUCCGGGCCGGACAGAGACACGGAGCUGAAGGACAGCCGGGACAGGACCCUGAUGGACAACUGUCCCCUGUUGGAGAGUAAGAGAGACAGAAGAGACGGAAAAACCUCGGAGAACUCAGGAAGCACGACUCGCUACAGAAUCCACACAGACUUUCCAAAGCAUUUUCUCCGGAAGGAGGCGAAUAUUCCUGUUGGCCAGGCAGGGAACUCCAGUCUGGACCAGGAGCAACCGGAAGCUCCUGAGAUUAAAGAGGAGCAGGAAGACGUCUGCGUUCGUGAUGAAGAUGAACUGGUGGUGAAACAGGAGGUGGAUAGCUUCCUAGUGACGUCUGAUUAUGAGGAAACUGACCACAGUGAGUCAGAACCAAACCAGAACGCCUCCCAUGCAGCCGAGAGGCAGGAUCAGGAAGGAAACUUGGACAAGGACUCGGGAUCCAGCCAGAAUCUGACAAGUCAAAGUAACGCAGGAGAUGUUCUCCCUCCAUUCGAUAGUGUCUGUAAUUCUGACUCUGGUAAUAAAUCGACAAAAUGUUCUGUCUGUGGGAAAACCUUCAGCAGCAACUUCAAAAUGCGGAAACAUUACAGAAUCCACACGGGAGAGAAACCGUAUUCCUGUAAGAUCUGCAGGAAAGCUUUCCGGGAGAGCAAGUACCUGUCGGUCCACAUGAGAACUCACACUGGGGAGAAGCCAUAUUCAUGUGAAACCUGUGGGAAAAGCUUCAGUCAGAACAGCCAUUUGAGUUCCCACAAGAGAACCCACACAGGGGAGAAGCCGCACCCCUGCAGCACCUGUGGGAGGAGGUUUGCCGAAGCAUCGGCGCUCAGAAACCACAUGCUCACCCACACCGGAGAAAAACCUUUUUCCUGCCAUAUUUGUGGGAAAAUCCUACGCUACAGCAGCAGCUUGUCGGCUCACAUGAAGAUCCACACUGGAGAGAAGCCGUUUGUGUGCAAGACCUGCGGGAAAUGCUUCAGCCACAACAGCAGCCUGAUUUCCCACAUGAGGAUCCACACUGGAGAGAAGUCGUACCAAUGCACGACAUGCGGCCGCUGCUUCAGCCACAGCACCACGCUGCUGCGCCACACCCGCAGCCACACCGGGGAGCGCCCGUACUCCUGCGCUACCUGUGGGAAGUGUUUCAACAGCAGCAGCCACCUGAGCGUCCACAUGACCACCCACACCCGGGAAAAGCUGUACUCCUGCACUAUGUGCAGCAAGCGCUUCAGCCACGGUAGCAACCUGGUGCGCCACAUGCGGACGCACACCGGCGAGCGGCCCUACUCCUGCCAGGCCUGCAGCAAACGCUUCAAAAGCAGCACUCACCUGUCGCGACACAUGAAGACUCACAGGAAGGGUCGCAGUCCGGAGGUGGAGAUAAUCCUGGAGGACGGCGGCGCUCCGGCCGCUCAGAGCUACGUCUUCCUCAUCGUGUUGCCUUCAGGAAUUUUAGCCGUGAACAUGUCCGGCAUGUCUUCGGUCCAGCAUCUCAGAGAGUUCAUCAGCGAGCGGCUGGCUGCCGCCGCGGAGGAAAUCUUCUCGGUCUUCCAGAGAACCGUCGCCCAGUACGAGGAGGAGCUGGACCGCCAGCGCAGGCUGCUGGACGGCGCCUGGAGACCGGAGGUUCGGCUGGACCGGACGGAACUUCCUGUUCAGUUCCUGAGGAAGGAGGAAGAGGAAGUUCCUGCUGACCAGCAGGUCUGGAAGUCCAGUCCGGACCGGGAGGAACCAGAACCUUCCCGGGUCAAAGAGGAAGAUGAUGCUCUCUGCUUCGUCCGUGAUGAAGAGCCGCCGGUUCUGAAGCCGGACGCUGAUAUCGCCAUGGUAACGUCUGCUGAUAGCGAGCCAGAACCCAGCAGGGACCGGAGCGUGUCCGAGUCUGAGACCCGAGGCCCGGCGGGAAGCUGGAGCGAUGACUCGGACUCGGCCAGAGAUCGGACCGGGUUCUGGAGCAGCCGGCAGGAAGGUCAGGACCCAGACGCUCUGACUCCAAACAGCGGCCUGCUCGGCGCUGCAGCCGCCGGGGUCAGAGGUCAGGAUGGAAGUUGGAUCAAGAAGGAGCUGGAGCCGAAGAGGAGACGGGUCAGGAAGAGGAGCAGCGGUUCCGGCCUGGUUCCUGGUGGACUGGGGCUGCGGCCCGUUUCCUGCGACGUCUGCGGGAAAGCCUUCAGGUGCAACUCGGAGAUGCGGGUCCACUUGCGCGUUCAUACGGGCGAGAAACCGUUCUCCUGCGACGUCUGCCAGAGGGCGUUUAGCUUCAAGGUCAACCUGUCCGUCCACAUGAGGACACACACGGGAGAGAAACCGUACGCCUGCCAGUUUUGCGAGAAACGCUUCUCGGAUCACUCAUCGCUCCGGAAGCACACCAACGUUCACACAGGAGAGAGGCCGUACUCCUGCGCCGUCUGCGGAAAGCGCUUCAGCCGCAGCAGCCACAUGUGGCGGCACGUCAGGGUCCACACCGCAGAGGCUCCGCCCACCUCAUCCCGCCGGCAGAGGGCGGUGUUGGCAGCCCCGCCCCCCUGUGACACCCAGGCGGAUGUAAACAGCUGCGGUGGUUUAGCCGUGAACAUGUCCGGCAUGUCUUCGGUCCAGCAUCUCAGAGAGUUCAUCAGCGAGCGGCUGGCUGCCGCCGCGGAGGAAAUCUUCUCGGUCUUCCAGAGAACCGUCGCCCAGUACGAGGAGGAGCUGGACCGCCAGCGCAGGCUGCUGGACGGCGCCUGGAGACCGGACAGCGGCUUCCAGAGAGCAGACCUGCUGCGACAGUACCUGUGCAAGAAGCCGGAGAUUCCUGCCGCACCGCAGCUUUUGCACCAGCAGGGGGCGUCGGCGCUGACCCGGCAGCAGCCAGAACCUCCGGAGGGAGCAGAGAGUUUCCUCCCCAGAGCUGAACGGAGGAGCCUGGAGGAGCCGCUGGUUCUGAAGCAGGAGGCGACUCACCCAGACGGACGUCGCAGGGCUCCAGAACCGAAACGGAACAAGUUUCCUCUGGAAGGAAGAGAGCAGACCAGAACCAGGAACCCGACCGGCAGCAGAGAGAGCGGCUCCACCUCAGAGAACCGAGACCAAACCCAGAAAUCAGAACCAACCUUCCAGCAGAACGCAGAAACAGAUGCUCCACAGCGUUGUGUCUCCCUGGAGGCGGAGCCUCCUGCAGACCAGAAGGAGCAGCAGGAAGCAGAACCUCCACAGAUUAAAGAGGAGCAGGACGAGCAGCUGAUGCUGAAGGAGGAGAUCAACUCCUUCACCGUGACGUCGGCUUAUGAGGAAAGCGACGGAAGUGAAGCUGAAGGAAACGGCGAGCAGAACGUUUUCCUCGGCUUCCAGGAGGGAAACUGGGAGCGAGAGUCUGGAUCAGCAAGCAGCGCCGACCCGAUGCCACGUCCUAAACUCAUGAGUUACAGUUACAACCUGAGCGCUGAGAGUCCGAGCAACGCGGGGACCAGCGACGGACCCUCAGGAUGUCAGCUCUGUGGGAAAAACUUUGGCAGUGACGCAGAAUUAAAGGAACAUUUUAAAAUCCACGUGGUGGAGAAGCCAUUUUCCUGCAACGUGUGUGGAAAAGCUUUCAAAUACAACAUCAAGCUGCUGAUCCACAUGAGGACGCACACUGGGGAGAAACCAUUUUCCUGCGAAAUCUGCGGCAAAGGUUUCAGCCAGAAGGUCAAUCUGAACGUCCACAUGAGGACGCACACGGGCGAGAAGCCGUAUCUCUGCAAGACCUGCGGAAAGAGGUUCUCUGACCAGUCUGGCUUUAAACGCCACAUGACCAUCCACACGGGCGAGAGGCCCUACAUCUGCAAAACCUGCAACAAAGCCUUCAGGUACAGCGUCCACCUCAUGGUCCACAUGCGAACGCACACGGACGAGCGGCCGUACUUCUGUAAAACCUGCGGCAGAACCUUCUCCGACCCAUCCACACUCCGGAAGCACACCAUGACCCACACGGGUGAGAGAUCCUACUCCUGCCAGACCUGCGGGAAGUGCUUCAGCGACAACAGCAACCUGCUGCGGCACAUGAGGACGCACACGGGUGAGAAACCGUAUUCCUGCGAGAUCUGCGGCAAAAGCUUCAGCCAGAGCAGCAACUUGAUGCAGCACAUCCGCACCCACACGGGCGAGCGACCGUACCCCUGCGGCAUCUGCGACAAGAGCUACAGCCACAGCUGCACGCUGCUCAAACACAUGAGGAGCCAUUCGGGCGAGAAGCCGUACUCCUGCCAGCUCUGCGGCAGAUGUUUCAGUCAUAAAUGCACGCUGCUGAAACACAUGAAGAUCCACACAGACAGCGGCGCUGUGCAGUCCUGAAAGCCCUGAAAGCAUCGCGUCAGGAGGCGAGCUGGUCGGCUAGUCCGCUCACAUCCUUUAAAUGUUCCUAUUCUAGUUUUUCUUCAUUUGUUCUUCAUCUUCUCUUUUCAUAACUGAACUUUAUCAUCUCUGGGAGAAAAACUGAAAUGAUUUGUUGAUUUUCUGUGGAGCUGCAAACAGAGCAAAACAUGUUCAAAAGAAGAAAAACCGACGACAUAAAUGCUGGUUCUCCUCACCGCCAGCACCAACAUCACGCAUAUGCAGAAAAAUAUUAAUAAUAUUUGUAUAUUGCAAAUUUUACAAUGUUUUUUGAAGUCUGAGGAUUCCGAAGGACAUGCAGUGAUUCACCACUGAUGGUUACAGACUGACAGGGGUAAGGAUGCCCACCAGGCCCAAAACAGACAGAGCGGGGUCUGAACCCGCAGCCCAGCAGUUCCAGGACGAACGGCUGGAACUGCUGGGCGUUACAGGCGCCCAGCGUCAGCAGCAGAGAGUCAGGAACAGAACAAACAUUUAAUUAUGAGAAUAAAUUCACAAAAUUACCAGAACAAAGUCGUAGUAUUACAAGAAUAA